AUGGAUCGCGGCGAUGCUCAGAACCAAAAGGCUUACCAAAAGCAGCCUACUGUUAGUUUGAUGAAACUACAGAAAUUGGGACGUAAAUCGCGAUACUGGAAGGAUGUGGGCAUGGGAUUUGUCACACCCAAGGAGGCUAAGGAAGGUACCUACAUAGACAAGAAGUGCCCAUUUACAGGCAAUGUAUCCAUCCGUGGAAGGAUCAUAAAGGGGAUGGUCAUUUCAACCAAGAUGAAACGCACUAUCAUUAUGCGCGUCAACUACCUUCACUACAUCAAGAAGUACAACCGUUUCGAAAAACGACACAGGAACAUCGCCUGCCACUGCUCGCCGUGCUUCGAACCCACUGCCGGUGACAUUGUCACCGUGGGACAAUGCAGGCCCCUCUCUAAAACGGUCAGGUUCAACGUCUUGAAGGUGGAAAAGAACCAGAUUUUCGGAAACCCAAGGAAACAGUUCCGCCUGUUCUAG